CGUCUGAGGCGUGCUGCGCGGUGCCUACCGGCCCGCCGAGCUUCGGGGAUCUUUUUAGCGCUCCCAGGGGCUGGCCAAGUUCGCCUUGGGCUUCCUCACCGCAGGGACCUGGAACCAGGGAUUCUUUCUGCUGCUCUCCAGUGCCUGGCCCCGCCCUCCGCGUGUUUGAGGCCCCAGCUGCCGUGGCACCUGUGGGCUUUGAGGCUUGGAGGUGUUUAGGAGCCAGGGACCUUAUCCAGUCCCCACAACCAGUGGCUGCAGCUCCUGGUGGGACAGGAGUGGAGGCAGGGUGAAGUCAAACGCCAGAAACUGGUUUAGAUCCUAGAAGAGACCCUGAGAGGCUUCCUCGGAAACACUCUCUGUCCCUUCAGCAGAAGCUCAGCAGGGACUGUUGGGGAUGUGAAUUCCCGACUGGGAAAGUGUGGGACCAUAAGAACAUAAAUAAAAACCUUAAGGCUUUUAUAUGGAACAUUUCAGGCAGGUAACUAAGAAGCCUAGCCCAGUAAGCACGCAUACUUACUGCCCAGCUUAAUGAAUAAACAUUAAGACCUUCUGAAUAUCAUCUCAGCCUUGGCCCUUCUCUCUGCUCCACUGGAACCAACUUUGAAUAGGUUUAUUGGUACAUUAAAGCUCAGUGCCACUUGCUGGCGUUGUGUUGUGCAGAUGGGUAUGCUCCUUUGGUACAGACUGAUGUGGCCGUGAUUUGGUUUUGUUGGUUUGCCUGCUCUUUGGUGUAGAUCAGUGUACACCAAUGAAGUGGAACAAGGCUGCCACUUGCUGAUCUAUCUUGUCCUGAAGAGGCACAUAGUUACUUUCUAUUUCACAAGAAAAUUAAGUUGGCUCCUGCCUGUUACUAGUUACUGUUCCUUGUGAGUAUUGCAAAUGUAACUUGUGUGUGGUUAAUUUCUAGACCAAAUACACAUUGAUAGAUGAACAAGACAUCCCAUUGGUGGAGAGCUACUCCUUUGAGGCCCGAAUGGAAGUAGAUGCAGAUGGAAAUGGUGCUAAGAUAUUUGCAUAUGCCUUUGACAAAAACCGAGGAAGGGGAUCAGGCAGGCUCCUUCAUGAACUGUUGUGGGAGAGGCACAGGGGUGGCGUCGCUCCCGGUUUCCAGGUAGUGCACCUCAAUGCUGUGACUGUGGACAACCGCCUGGACAACCUGCAGCUGGUGCCUCGGGGUUGGCGGCCCAAAGCUGAAGAGACCUCCAGCAAACAGAGGGAGCAGAGCUUGUACUGGCUUGCAAUCCAGCAGCUUCCCACGGAUCCUAUAGAAGAACAGUUCCCUGUCCUGAAUGUGACCCGGUACUACAAUGCCAAUGGGGAUGUGGUAGAAGAAGAGGAGAACUCCUGUACCUACUAUGAGUGUCAUUACCCUCCCUGCACAGUGAUUGAGAAGCAGCUCCGGGAGUUCAACAUCUGUGGGCGCUGCCAGGUGGCCCGGUACUGUGGCUCCCAAUGCCAGCAGAAGGAUUGGCCUGCCCACAAGAAGCACUGUCGGGAGAGGAAGCGUCCCUUCCAGCACGAGCUUGAGCCGGAGCGAUGACGGGCAGCGGAGCUGCCACUGACGCGGGCCUGUGGCUUCGGGCUCUUCUGUGGGCACAGCAGAGACAGACAGUCGCUUGAACCUGGAGGUGCCAAAGAAUCCAGUGGCAAGCCCAGAACAGCCACCAUGAGUCUCCCCAUGACACAUGCUGUCUGUGGGGACAGUGCUCCUCCAGUGUUAAAUGUCCAGCAGAGACAACGGGGAGGCUCCCCGGGACCUUUCUCAUUAUUUAUAUGUUAAUAUGUUUGUAAACUCAUGUACAGUUUUUUUGGGGGGGAGGCAAGGGGAGGGUUAGAAACUACAAAUAGGAUCAUUUGCUGUAAGCCUCAAAUGGCAAAUGGUCGGCCACAAGUCUAGAAACUCAAUAGUGGAGCUUCUCUCCUGGGCAGUGGGGUCCCCACUGAGGGUGGCCUGCACGAAGUUGUGUUCUAAAGGACAGAGUAAAGGGUGGAAUCAUCUUCU